GUUGAUAGUGUAGUCACAUAUAAAAUGGAACGAAAGCCUUGCAUCAGGUUUUUUAAUAUAUAUGAAAAAUGCGAGAGUAUUCUGACUGUUAUUCACCACAGGCUCCAGACAGCCCACAAAUAGUUGAGACGGAGAGAGAGAUGGUUCUGCGUGGCGCCAGAGCGACGACUUGCACAGACCCGGUGGAGCGCGAUGCUGUCGAGACGUUGCUGUCCAUCAGCACCAGUCAGCAGAAGCCUGUGGUCGAUGAUUACCUGCUGCGGCCGGGGAGACUGACCCCACCUUAUUCCACCGGGUCUGCCUCACCCCCCUGCUCCGAGGAUGGGUCGGACAUCACACUGGGCAAUGAGGGAAUACCAGAACCAAAAAUCACAAGAGAUUCAAAACUUGCUCGGCUUUUGAUGGAGCAUCCCAUUCCGACUGUGAACAUGGGUGUGUUUGGAAGACGGUCACCUUCUCCGAAUGUGCCACCAGUGCAGGUUCUGUCUGCCUUGCCCAAGAUCACAACUCCACAGAAUGUGGCGGCAGUGUCUGUGAUCAUGCCACCAAGGAAACGCAAAUACCUGCCCGAGCUGUUUGAAGAGAACAAGGACAUUACCAGCUGUGUGUUGCCAGUCCGAGAUGCCCUGACACCGCCAGAGAGCCCACUCCUGCCAGCUGCACCUCCCACUGGUCAGCCCCAGUCUCCAUGGCAACCAGAAAACAACAAGAGUGUGACCAUGUUGCCUGACCAUGAUCAUAAGUACCACAUGUCAUCUGCCCAGGCAGUGAUGUCUGCUCAAACAUUGACCUCUGCUAAAGCAGUGACAUCUGUUCAAACAUUGACAUCUGAUAAAUUUGUGGACCAAAGUUCCUAUCUGCCAGCAGGCGACAACACAAAACUAAAUCCUGAUUGUGAAUCCCGACAGAACAUUGGCGGUAUGGGUGUUCCUCACUGUAGAUGCCCAGUGAUGGUUCCUGCUACAUGUGAUCCAGCAGUAACUGCAAGACAACCAGCUGUACCUAGUGGAAAACAGUCAGGAAAUUUACCAACUUUCAUUGCCAGUCACAAUAAACUUUCUGAAAAUGGGGCAGUGCCGAAAAUGAAGUCCCCAUUCCCUAUUUUGAUUCCGAACAUUCUGCCCCUUUCUCAGCCCCCCAUUGUUCAGGUGUUUGUAUUGGGAGCCGGGUCUGUUGGCACCCGGAAGGAUCAGCUGAUGAAAAGCAACAAUUACUGUGCCAUUGCCCCGGCGCCAGUGUUGACCCAGUCGGGCUCACAGUCGGACGAACCACUGAGUGGAGACUUGAAGCGGCGUCGGUCUCAUGUGUGCCAUUUCAAAGACUGUGAUAAGACGUAUUUUAAAAGUUCCCACCUGAAAGCGCACAUUCGAACACACACAGGUGAAAAGCCGUUUGUUUGUAACUGGGAGUUCUGCCUGCGUCGCUUUGCCCGAUCUGAUGAACUGUCGCGACACAAGCGUACCCAUACUGGAGAGAAGAAGUUUGAGUGUUCUCAGUGCAACAGGAAGUUCAUGAGGAGCGACCAUCUUAACAAGCAUGUUAAGACACACACACUGAGCAAGAAAUCUCCUGUGUGGCAGACGGACCAACAUGAAGCCAGUUUGAUUACCUCGUGACACUGAUUCAAGGGUGGUUCUGAGUAGUAAGGGGAUGGGUAACACUGAUAUAAAGGGUGGUUCUCAAUAGUAAGUGGAGGGGUAACUGAGCUCACACUGGAACAGAUGUUUGGUUUAGCCAAUUUUCAGAUUUAUAGAAUAUUUCCUUGAAAAUGGAUUAAAAUAUGGUUAAUUUAUGGAAUAUUUGAUUAGCCAAAGACUAAAUGUUAUAAAAAUUGGCUAAUUUGGCAAUGCACAGCGUGAGCCCUUGGUAACAGUGUUUGCGUCAGAUGAAUCCCCUCGAUCCUUCCCUGGAAAAGCUGACACUGAGAGAAGUGUCUUUGAGCAUGUGUUUAAGACGUGUCGAGCAACAAUGAUGCCAACAGCUUUGGAUUGACCAUUUGUAAUGAACACAAACUGUUGUUCCAUUUCCUCUUUGAAUUAAGUGUUGUACCUGUGUUUCUAGUCUGCACAUCUAGACAUCUGUUCAGAGAAACAGCCACAAAUGAUGUUUUACUGCUGCUUUUAGGGAUAUGUGAGGUUGUGUGAAAGGCUGAGAAAACUAACUGAAUCAUCAUUAUAUCUUUUAGACGAGUGAAAAAUGCUUGACAGUUUGACAAAAUACACAGAAAACCAUGUUACUAAACACAAACAGACUUGACCACUGUUCUAGAAAUGAUUUUUGAAAGUUUUAUAGGUGGGUUUUUUUUUUACUUUCAUCUUUGUAAAAGUGUUAUUGGCCAUUCUGCUAUACAUUAUAUAUUUAUACUUCAUAAAUGGAAGCCAUGUGUACUACAAUGACUUAAAAGUGUAAGUUUAAUUAUGACUUAUGGAGUCGAAUCCACAAAACAUCCUAACUUUGUGUUUCCAGUUAAGUGUCAUACAUUUACAAGUAUUUAGUAUCUUAUUUCAAGUAUUUAGUCUCUUUAUUUCAAGUAUUUAGUAUCUUAUUUCGUGUAGAAAAUUGUCGGUAUGGAAAAUACAUUCUAUUAAGGACAAAAAAAUAAAUCUGUUUUGAUAUUUUUUAAAACACUAUAACAAUAUUUUACAGCAUUAAAUGUAUAUUUAUGUGUAGAACAAUCCUUAUACUUAAAGAAAAUUUGAAACAUAUAUUAAUAAUUUUAAAUAUGUUUACCAUGAUUUAUAUUCCGUAAUUUUACAAUUUUGUGUAUGAAAGUGCAGUCCCGAUGUUUUGUGAAUUUUGCUCCGGUUGUUUUGGACUGAGUAGGAUCUCACAUUGUGGUAGACCACCCACCUGAGGUAUGGUGGGCUCUGUAAACACCAUCCCAGCUCACCCAGUAGGUUAUAUCCUGUCCCACCCAGUGUUCCACGACUCGUAUAUAAAAUGUGGUAUGUGCUAUCCUGCCUGUGGGAGAGUGCAUGUAAAAGAUCCUUGUUGCUAGUCUAUGGCUUAAAGACGCCUGUCGCAGUGACAGGUUGUUUCUCAUAUUAACCCAUUAAUCUGUCCUGGAAACAUUAUCCAGAUGGUAGGAUUGUGAGUCCAGGAAGGCGGACUUUAACAUUACCUGAAUAUGAACACUAAAAUGAGUGACAUCCUCAUUCAGGAAAAACCGAUGACAAGUAUCUGUUAUUUUAGUUCAGACAGAAACUGAAACGAGUCAGCGAAAAGCAACUUUAACAUUGUUAGAGUUUGUGAUUGUAAUCUUGUACGCUAUUUUUUUGUAAUGGUUAUCGUGCAUUUGUUUUGUUGUUCUACCAGUUGUCUUUCAGCCAUAACUAGUGAAAUUCAUUUUGAGAAUAACUUAUUGAUGUGUUAGAGGUGUGAAUUGUUGAUAUGCCUGUUGCAAAUUGGUUUGCAUGUUUUAAUCUUUUCUAAAGGUGUUUUGAAUGGAUUUGAGAAGUUUUCAAGUCUGUGAUGAGUGUGUUUGGUACUGUCCUCAUGGAACUAAUACAAUUUACUAUGGCAACUUGAAACUGAAGAGGUCUAUUGCAAAUAGGUGUGGACAUAUAACUCAAAUAGUUGAACUAUUUAGAACUGUGCCUGUUUAUUCUGUGUAAAAGUUAUAUACGCCACUAGACAUUUUGCUUGCUGAAGUCGCCUCCAAGACAUACUUGUAAGUCUUUUCUCUGUUAUAUACUGAUGGGAAGAAAUAAUGGAACACAUGACAUUCAAUAUAAUCUUAGAUCAAAGUUAAUUCACUACUAGCAUGGUUUUGUCUCUAUUAACGGAAGAAGUAGAAUGUGAGAUUGAAUGUCGCUGAUAUUGGAGAAAACUGUCAGUUACUUCUUGACACUUUGAAUGUCACUGAUAUUGGAGAAAACUGUCAGUUACUUCUCGACACUUUGAAUGUCACUGAUAUUGGAGAAAACUGUCAGUUACUUCUCGACACUUUGAAUGUCACUGAUAUUGGAGAAAACUCAGUUACUUCUUGACACUUUGAAUGUCGCUGAUAUUGGAGAAAACUCAGUUACUUCUUGACACUUUGAAUGUCACUGAUAUUGGAGAAAACUGUCAGUUACUUCUUGACACUUUGAAUGUCACUGAUAUUGGAGAAAACUGUCAGUUACUUCUUGACACUUUGAAUGAGCCCAUUGGGCUAUUUCUCGUCCCAGCCAGUAGCACCACGACUGGUAUAUCAAAGGCCAUGGUAUGUGCUAUCCUGUCUGGGAUUGUGCAUAUAAAAGAUCCCUUGCUGCUAAUGGAAACAU